AUGGUUUGUGAAAAAGCAAAAAGUCUUUGGAAAACUUUAAAUGAAGAUGGAUUAUAUAGUUGUUUAUUUGUAGAACCCUCUCGUGAAAAGAAAAUUAAAAAAGGUCGUCCCAGAUAUAUUGAUAUUUUGCUUUACAGUAAAACAAAAGAUUACCGUCUUCUUCGUUUUCUCUACAAUUUUCCCUUUGGAUUUCUUCUUUCCUUACUUGUUUAUCAUUUGGCUUGGUAUAAAAUUAAUUUUGCUGCUGAUACAAGAUUUAUUCCUUCAUUUUGGGCUUUUUUAGUAAAAUAUUUUUUGAUUGGCUUUGCUGCACUUUCUUUUUCUUUAAAUUCUUUAAUUCGUUGUUCAAUUAUUUUUGCCAUUCUCUCAGGACUGAGUAGUUCAGGGCAAGGAGUUAUUUCAAUUUAUGUUAUGGAAAAUUUAAGAUUAGGGCCUAUACAAAAUAUUAUGGUUAAUUUUGGUCAUUCAACAAAAAUUACACUUUGCCAUUUGGAAUUACAAGCACGCGUUGCUAAACGUCGAAUGCAAAUUCAAGCAGGGCCUUUAGAAAUGCUUUUUGAAAAACAUUUUGGGAAUGCUACUUCUAUAGGCAAUAAAGUUGUUAAAAUGUUACGUUCAUUAGUACAACCAUAUGAUGGAGAAAUUGAUUCAGACAGCACAGAAGACGACAAACAUUUAUCUGCAAUUAUUGAUACUGCUGAAGAUAAAGAUGAAAAUGGAGAAACAAAAGUUGAUAGAGUUUCACAGCCUGUAUUAAAACGUCUUAAAUCUCAUUUGACAAAAGCAAUUUAUGGAAGAUUUAUGAAACGUUGUAAAUUAAUGUUUGCAAGUUCUGUCACUUCUUGCCAUAAAAAAUUUGAAGAAUCACAAAGUCUUUGUUAUGAUACAAUACCUUUUCCAAUUCAUUAUUUUACUUGUUCUGCAAUGAAUUCUUUAACUCUUUGUAAACCUGAUCGUUUUAAAAAAAUGUCACGUAAAUAUUGUGAACUUGGCCAGGUACAGGAUGCUGCACGUGGCACUCACGAGAGUUUAUUUUCUUCUGAAUUAGAUAGUGAAAUGAGUGGAUUAGAAAAUAUAAGUAAAACAGUUAAACAUCAACUACAUUUAAAUUUACAUUUUGUUGCUGUGGAGGCACCUGAAUUAGAACAAGGAUAUUCUGUUAAUCAAUUACAAACUGAAAUGAAACAUGAUUUGGAAUAUUAUAAGAUAAUUUUGGCUACUUUUGACAAAAUGUUUACUUUUUUAAUUAUUAUGUUUACAUAUUUUGUUUUUAAAAAUUGUGUUUUAAUUAUAAUGAAUUAUUUAAAUGAUAUUGAAUAUAAAAAUUAUUUUACUACACCCUAUUUUUGGCAUAUUGAUUCAAAACGUCGACGAGAAGGAAAAGUUUUUUUGUGGCCUUUAAGAAAAGAAGAAAUUAAAUUUAAUAAUUUAAUUAGUCCUUUUGGGUUACCUCGAUCUGAUGAAAUUCGAAAAAUGACAAAAGCUUUUGUUCGAUGGAUUGUUCUAUUAUUUGUUGUUAUUGCAAUUGUUAUGCUCGAUUAUUAUUACAAUAGAAUGCUUGAAAUUGUAAUUGAACAUGGAAAAAUGUUAAGUGAACAAACAAGUUAUUCUCAUUUAAAUAUUAAAGUUGAUGGAGAGGGGGUUGUUGCUAAUUUACUUAAAGAGAUUCUUAAUUUUAACUAUACGGGGUAUUUAAAAGAAGAACUUACAAAUGAAAAAUGUCUUAAAAAUGCUUCUUCAAAACCUGAUUGGCUUUAUAAUUCUUAUUCUCUAUUUUUGCCUGUUUUUCUUAUUCUUUUGUUAAUGGUAUUUUUUAAUUUUGUUGUUCAACGUUUUGUAUUUCUUGUAGUAAUGGGAGUUAUAUUUCCUUAUAGAUCAAAAGCUCGAAUAAUUCAUUUAUAUAAUAAAUUAUUACUUGCUCGGAUUAAUAUGGAUAAAUUAAAUGAGGCAAAGAAAAUUGAAGAGAAAAAGGAAAAUAAAAAGAAGAUUGAAGAAAAAAAUAAUUUAAAAGAUAAAUAA